AGCUCAGUGUGACGCAGAUACAGUAUACAAUAGUCACGGCCAUACACUCGUCUGAUUCACUUUGCUUUAUCAGAGCUUUAAAUGUGUUGGCAAUUGAUAGAAUAGUAUGAAUUGUGCAACAUAAUAGUUUAUCGGCUCAGUUUGUAUUUUCUCAUCACCUGGACAAGACCAACUCAUUGUGUAGCUGCAAAUUCGUUGUCGCGCACCUAAUUAAUUUCAAUUUUCAUAAUCCGAAACUAUUCUACGCAUCACAUUCGAAUAGAAGUGAAAAAAAUAAAAAUAGACGUAUAAUGUUGAAUAAACUCUCAGUUGUGUUCGCUGUGUGCGUGAUGCUUUGUGUUGGAUAUUCGAAUGCCGAUGUAUCGGUCGGAGAAUGUGUAUCUUGUGAUUCGAACUCCGAUCCAAAUUGCGCCAUAAAUCCAGGCACCAUUGAACCACAAAAGUGCUCCAAUCUAGCCGAUAGCUGCUACAGUCGUAUUGUCAAUGAAAUCACCUAUCGCGGUUGUUUCAAAGAUCUCGAUGAAGGAAUUCAAAAACGAUGCUUGAAUGACACGUCACCCGAUCAACAAUGCAACGUUUGUGAAAACGUGAAUAAUAAUAAAGGCUGCAACAAUGAGCCAUUUCCACGAAGCAGAUUGACUUGCCACAGUUGCAGUGGUGACUUGAAAUCGACCUGCUUCCAAGCUCCGGUUGGUAAUGCACAGCCAUGUCAAUUAUACAGAAAGGAAGAUAAAUGCUACAUUCGCAAAACAGGUAAAACCAUCGAACGAGGUUGCUUAUCGGAUACAGCGAAAUGCAGCAACCCCAGCCAUUGUAGUAUUUGCGAUGGUGAAGGUUGUAACAAUGAACUUGGAAACAGCACAAGUAUUCCCACUGCGCCGAAUGUGGGCACCCAAUUGUGGGCACCAACGGUUACUAUGAUGCUCAUUGCAGUUUUAGUCAACCUCAAAGUCUCUUCUUAAAAUCCUAAAUCCAGUGUAUCAUACGUUUUUUUUUUCAAACUUCAUGCACUUAUAAGCACAGUGUUGAAAUUUCCAAAGUUUGAACCAAAUUUUAUUAAAAACAAUCUUAAUUAACAAAAAAAA